GCUUGCCAAUCCUUCCUGCCUUCCCUUGCUUGGUCCAUGGUUCUCCUGGGUGUCUUCAUGUCCAUGGGUGCCCUGAUCAUGGGGAACCUGCUGCAAGUGUUUUAUUUGGAGGCCUCCUAUCCUCAAGAAGACCGAGAGUUGAUCUGGAAUUAUUAUGGCACCGCGUAUCGGUCUUUCUGGACCCUCUACGAAAUCACAUUUGCAGGAAAUUGGCCAACAAGGGCGCGGCCAGUCAUGGAAAAGGUGAGUCAACUAUUUGUCGUUUUUUUCUUUUGCUACGUGACCGUCAUUGUUUUUGCUGUGCUGCGUGUCAUUUCGGCCGUCUUCCUGAAGGAUACACUGGAUGCCGCACAUAACGAUGAGGAGAACAUGAUGGCCAUUAGCCAACACCAAAAGAAGGAGUACAUUGAGAGGUUGGAGAAAGUGUUCCGCACUUUGGAUGAGUUUGGAGAUGGGAUGAUCACCCAACCACGCCUGGAGCAAUUGCUGGCGGAGCCCAAGGUGCAAGCCUAUUUCAAGACGCUGGACGUGGAUGUGACCGAAACUUCGGCCCUCUUCCAUCUUCUGGAUGACGGUGAUGGAGAGGUCACUCUGGAUGAGUUCAUAGACGGCAUACUCCGAUGCAAAGGUCCUGCACGGGCCAUUGACCAGGUUGCGAUGCAUUCUGACAUCAAGCAACUCGAUAAGAAACUCAGCAAGGUCAUGAAGGCAAUGCGUGCCACGUCAAAACCCCAGAAGAAAGCCCACCUGGAGGAGGAGAACAUGACGUGUGCCCACAGCCAUGCAGAGCAUCUCAAGGUCUUUCGAAUGGGUCUACUGGAAGGCGAUCAUAGUUUUUUUGAACGCCAAAAGUCUCCCGUGUGAGGUUUUAAUUUGGAACACACCGAAGAAUGUUGAGUCGAAUUGCUGAUGAGGCCUUGCCGGGUGCACUCCGCGAAUCCAUUUGUGUCGGUUGGCGGACGAGCUUUGCAACCAAAUCCCGCUACUGAACGCAUGCCGAUUCUUUCAAGGGACCAGGGGGAGACUUAGCCAACUAAAGUUGG